AUGAUGUCAUAUCCGUUUGGGAGUCACGAGCUCUGUGUCAACUCCACUCCUUAAAUCCACGCAAGUUGUAUUUACAUUUUAAUUUAAUUUAGCGGUAGCCAGAUUAAAAUUAACUUCUUUAACAGUGGGAUUUGUCGUUGUAGUAUGUGUGGCGAUUUUAUCAAUUAAUAGAAACACGUCCGUAUGAUAUGAGUUAGCUGUCGGUUGCAGAUAGACUCCCGACAAGAAGCCUGAAAACAGUCUACUUUUAAGCAAAGAAUCGAAGAUACUAGAUGUAUUUCAUUGUAACGAAACAGCUGAGUGUUUAGACAAUGUUACAUCGUUGUUUAGUAAGAAUGUAGUAUAAAUAAUAUCGAAGAGGAAUAUUUUGAUAAUAUGUUCAGUCUUUCAGUUUUAAAUAGCGGCAUACUGUGACAAAGCAUAACAUAAGUAAUCUGCGAUGUUGAAACCGUACAGCUCACAGGUUUGGUAGAUUUUUUCUCCAAAAGUUUGAACAUUGAGUUGCCUGGAUGUCUCGUUUUACGAAUUAUGACAGUUUUCCGCAUAGAUCGUUGUUAAGCAAGAACGGCGUUAACUUCAGAUAAACAGUCGUUUCAGAUUAAAUGUUAGAUAGCAGAACCACGUUUGACAGCUAGUUUCAGUAUCCGUAAUUUGAAAUGACCACAGUUUCCAGAAGCAUUUUCUUCAUUCGAAGAAAUUCGCAUGGUAAUAUGCAGUUGGCUCGCAUUUGGUAGCUACUUUAUUUUAAACUGUUUAUUACAAUAAUUGUGAUUAGUUACCUCUGUGCUACUUAAUGGUGAUAAACUAUGUAAAGGAAUCUUCAUUAACUAGGUUAGUUAGGUUGCAGCUGAGUUUUAAUGUUUCCCCAUGCACUCCUAGAACCGCUUCAUUUUGCCAAAUCUUUUUUUCCCCAUAGUUCCCCUAUUUUUAAGUAACAUGACUCGCUCGUGUGCAUGUUUAUUGUGCUUUUAAAGGUGUAAUAUUGAAAAGAUCAGCUCGAUGGGAAAAGUCUUUCCUGUAAAAUACUUAUAACAACCCUUUUCAUAAUUUGAGGCAUAGUGGAUAACAAACGAUAGUCCUACUGGAGAGUAUCUGAAAUCUGUAGGCAAGGAAGGGGACAAAGGCUCAUGGAUCAACCCAGAGUUAUAGACCGGAUCCUGGAGAAUAUUUCCCUGUCCGUGAAGAAGUAGAGGGCCAUCAGGUCACAUGAUAAUCAGCUGCUUGAAAUUUGGAUUAGGUCACCCAUUCAGACUGCUGCAGAGUUACUUUGCUGCCUGUGAGGACGAGACACCAGCCAUCCGGAAUCAUGACCGUGUCCUGCAGCGUCUGUGCGAGCAUCUGGACCAUGCUCUGCUCUAUGGGCUUCAAGACAUCUCCUUGGGUUAUUGGGUUCUAGUUGUGCACUUCACUCGUCGGGAAGCCGUUCACCAGAUUGAGGAGCUCCAGCACAUCGCCACCAACCUCGGCCGCAGCCGGGCAUGGCUGUACCUGGCACUGAGUGAGAGCUCGCUGGAGAGUUACCUCCGUCUGUUCCAGGAGAACCAGGCACUGCUGCAAAAGUACUAUUUCAAACAUGCCUUGGUAUGCAGUCAUGAUCACCUCGCCCUCUUCCUCACCCUAGUGUCAGGACUGGAGUUCAUCCGCUUCGACUUGGAGCUGGACGUUCCAUACCUCGAUGUGGCCCCUUACAUGCCAGAGUACUACAAGCCGCAGAACCUGCUGGACUUCGAAGAGAGGCUGCCCAGUUCAGAUAGCCUGUCCCUGCACUCCUUCACGUCUCUGACCUCUACCAACCUGGAGUGGGAUGACAGCGCCAUUGCCCCCUCCAGUGAGGAUUAUGAUUUCGGUGACAUCUUCCCUGUGUUGCAGUCAGUACCAAAUGCAGAAUGGGAAGAAGGAGACCUGACUGAUCCGGCCAGCUGCCCUCGCUCCGGUGCAUCAGAUCCCCAAACAUUCAUCAGCACUCCGCUGUGCACAGGGACUGGGCCAGGGGAAGUCGUCCCACGCAGCCCUACGUUUCGCUACAACCCAUUCAACGAGGAGCCCAGCACCAGCCCCUCAGUCACUGUCAUUUCUGUGCAAGUAUCCUGUCCGGAGGAUACCACAACUAAAGGGGAGACGGAGGGUGUGGGCACAGACCUAGAGGUCAUCAGAGUGGGCCGUCGCAAAAAGCCAGGAAAGAAGCGCCGUGCAAAGGGAGGCUUGGACACUGUGACCACCCAGGACAACAUUCCAUUGAACAAUGACAUUAACCGAGGCAUACAAGAGGGGAAUGAGGAGAUGAGACCCAAACAUCAGGGUUCUGAGGAGGAGGAGGCCGAAAGCCUGCUUCAGGUUCCAGAAAUGUCAGACACCUCCAUGGAGAGUGUGGGACAGCCGCUACAGGCAGUGGUGGACCGGCUGAAUGGACCUCUAGACAGCCAGGCUGGUGGGACAGGGGGCAGGGCAGGCAGAGUCCCCAACGGGCAGCAGUUGUGUCCCGGAGGCACGGAGGUCGACGCCCCUGACAGAUCCCAGGUCCCCAACGCUGGCUUCCUGCUCCCAGCCCCUGCAGAUUUCUACCACUUUGCCCCCCACAGUCUAGACCCUGCUAGCCCAGACGGCAGCCUGUAUGACUCUACAGAGAAUGGGCAGCAAGAAGCUGCUCACGGCGGCCAUGAGGAUGAGCAUGAGGAUGAGGAUGAAGGAGCAGAAACGAAAGCUAAUGAUGUCACUUCAGCUGUAUCAUCAAAGGUGGACCAGGAGCAAGCAUGUCCACUGGCUGCGGAGGCAGGUUCUGCUGUCGGUAAUGAAGAGGAAGACGAGGAGGUGCAUGGGGCCAGCCCCCUGGACUGCAGUCAUCCUGCGGAGUUCAGGGUAGAUAACAACCACCUGUUGCUGCUAAUGAUUCACGUCUUCAGGGAGAAUGAAGAGCAGCUGUUCAAGAUGGUGAAGAUGAGCACAGGCCACAUGGAGGGUGAUUUGCAGCCUCUCUACCUGCUGCUGACUGACUGUUACAUCUACCUGCUCCGUAAAGGUGCGGCCGAGAAGCCCUAUACGGUGGAGGAGGCUGUGUCUUACAGUGAGCUGGAUUAUAUCUCUGUGGGGCUGGAUCAGCAGACCUUCACACUCGUCUGUACCAAUCGAAGACGCCAGUUCCUCCUGGACACUGCAGAUGCUUCACUUACUGUCUGGUUUCUGGGCGUCCUGAGGUCUGCCAUGAUAAAGGGCUGCGGGGAACCACCGUAUCCCGCCGUCCUAGCGGAUGCCACCAUGGAGAAGCUGGCCGUUACUAAAUUUGUGUCCCAGGAAUCACAGUGCGAGGUCUCUGCAGUCUCUAUCCACCUGUAUGCCUUGGUACACUGGGAGGACCCAAUGGAUAUGACUGUGUCCAACCAGUCAGCUUCCUGCGGCCACUCUGACUCCAAGGAAGGACCCCUGCUAUAUCUUGCAGGAACCACAUACCUUGGCAAGGAGCAGUGGAAGAGCUGUUACAUGGUGCUCAGCAAUGGGACUUUGUACCAGUACGCAGAGAGAACAGAUGUAACGCCACUUUUGUCAAUCACCAUGGGGGGGGAGCACUGUGGCGGCUGCAGGCGCUCCCACUCUACUGAGCGUCCACAUGCUUUCCAGAUUAUCCUGACAGAGCACCCCGCACUGCAGCUCAGUGCAGAAAAUGAGCAGGACAUGGCCAUCUGGAUGCAGUUGCUCUGUCAGUCUGUGUCCAAAGGGGUGGUUCCUCAGGGAGUAGCUCCCCCGCCCUCUAUCCCAUGCUGCCUGGUUCUGACGGACAGGAAGCUGCUGACCUGCCAUCAGGACUGCCAGACAAACUUCUUUCGCUUGCUGGGAGGGGCUGAACUGCAUGACAUUACAGCCAUUUGCCUGGAAAUGGACAAAGAAUAUUGUGUCAUUGAGUUUUCAGUAGACAGAGCUCAGUUCCUGCCUCCAUGGGUCCUUUAUUUCAGCAGCUGUGAGGAAAGAGCCCGUCUGUUGGAGGCCCUGGAGAGCAGCUGGAAAAACAUCUUUAAGGUGUCCCUGCCCCGUAAGGCCAUGUUGGACCCCUUAAUGCGGGCGAGGUGUAGGGAGGCACUGGGGCUGAUUCGCAGUGCUUGGCAGCGCAGUGACAGCCUGCAGCGUGGUCGAGCUCAGAGGGAACCUUGGUGCUGAAGGACAAAGGGCCUGUUUCACUAACACCUGCUGAUUGCAUGGAUAACGGGACCUGGAGGGUGUUCCACAAAGCAGGAUUUCUCAGUUUGCUAGGUUUACUCAAGCUAGAAGUCAUGAUUGUCCAAUUAGAGUUUAGGUAAGGAACAUUCCUAUUGGACAGUCAUGACAUCUAGUAUGAGUAAACCUAGCUAACUGAAAAGUCCCCCCAGAUCAGUACAUAACUGAGAUUAUAUUCAGCAGUAGAGCCCCUGAAAACAAUAGGCUGUCUCAUUCAGUUAUAAUUGCAUAGAGGUAGCUGUGGCACGUUAAAGUAAUUUUGGAGGUAGGACUUCUGCCUGGUGUUCAAUAGAAUCAUCAGUUCUUCUAAUCAGGAAAGUUAAUGUGUGAAAUAGCAGCUCAGUGUUUGUGUUCAUCCCUGAGAUCAAUGUGGCACAAAAUUCCUUUCACCAGGCACUGGUAUGAACCAACCCCAGUAAAAGGCAGAGCACCACCUGUGUGUGUGUGUGUGUGUGUGUGUGUGUGUGUGUGUGUGUGUGUGUGUGUGUGUGUGUGUGUGUGUGUGUGUGAGAGGUGGAUACACUGGUGUCAUAAGAACCUAAACUGGUUCCAUCACACCACAGUCUGUUGCUAAAACUGCUUCCCCAGAACAUGCAGGUAUGUUUUCUAAGUGUUGGAUUGGUGAACAGGCAGAAUUUUAAUAUAGACUUUCCUCCUACGGUAUCCCAGGUCACUCUAGUGGACAAUAUUGCUGCUUUCCCUCAAGCAUGUAGAAUCUCUAUGAAGCGGUACAUGGCACGUUGUUGGUGCCUGAUGCCAACACCAAAAAAUGGCAUAAAAUGACAUGAUAAAAUGUCAGGAAUAAGCUGCCCUGGUUACAGCUUAGUACACUAAUGGGAAUUGCUUGCACAGAGCAAUAGUACAAAGUGUGGAAUCCCUCAUUGUCAGUAGUUUUCUUUCGUGUACAGUGACUAAUAGACUGAAUACGAGAGCUGAUGUUUUCAUUAGUGCUGUUACACAACUGUGCCAUACAGAAGUGCUAAUGUAGACUUUACUGUACAUGAUUUGGGGGAUUUACACGGUUUAACUGAUGUGUAUGAAUGAGAGCAGGAGAAUGCAAGCAGUGGUUGCUUCUAAGACAACGGUCACUUUUUGUGUGUGCAUAUUGCAUGCAUAUUUAUUACUUUUUAAAAUAUUAAGUCACUUGCAUGUUUUGAGCUGCACUUUGGAAUUGCUUGAUGACCUUAAAACGUGUGAUGACUAAGAAGGGAGUUAGACCUGCCAUCAAAUAUUUUAGGAAUGAAGAGGAGUUGAUCAGGGUACACUUGAAUAUUGUAUGGACAUUGCUGGACAAUGAUGGAGUAAAAAUUUUUGACUGGUCAAGCUUCACCUUGAAUGUAAAAAUGGUUAUUCAACCAUUCGUUUUUAUUUUGUAUGUGACCAUUUGAAGUAUACAAAUACGGUAAUAGGAUUAAAUAAUUGUAUCCUAACAAAAAUAUCCUUGUUGCAUAUUAAACCAUGCAUGUUAUAAUAUUCCAUCAAUAUAAUGUAUAUAUGUACAAUGUUGUGUAAAUAUGCAAAUAAAGACAUCUAAAUUGGU